AAUUAAAAUAGAGGAAUUAUAUAUAGAUAGGUAGCUCCUCAUGGCAUGUCCCACUCACACAACCAACAAACUAAACUUCAUCUUGUAGCUGACAAGAGUUGAAGAAGAAGAAAUUGUUUCCCCAUAUUAUAUUCAUUGUAUGGUGAUGAUAGAAAUGGAGUCAUGUAGAAGAUCAAGUGGAGUUCAAAUUCCAGUAUUUGGAGAUUGGGAUAAAGCAAAUGAGCUGCCAAUUACUCAGUAUUUUGAAUCUGCUAGACAAGCUGGCUUGAUUCAUCAUUCUUCUUCACAACAACUCUAUUUCCACAAAACUCAAUUUUAUGCUAUCCCUAAUAAUCUUCCUCACACAAAGACAAAAGGAGCAGCAAUAAUUAAGAAGAGGUGUGGUGGAAAAGUAGAGAAAACAAGUGGGCCUCAAAGACAGACAGCCCAGCGGCCCACUAACCCUAAACCUGUGGAUGAAGAUCUCUACAAAAUUCCUCCUCAUCUACUUCCUGGAUAUAAAAGAAAGAGAAUGUUUGGAUUCUUCUCAAGAUGCCUUGCUCCCCCUUGCAAGGCCUAAGUAGACACACAACUUGUCCCAUGGGAGAUUUUGACACAACUUGCAACAUCUCAACUCCUAGAAGGCGCGCGCAAAAGGAGGAGAGAUCGAGAAAUGGCUACAACAGAGUUUCUCUUAUUCGUAUUAAUAACGACUAAUCUAGGAGGAAUGUUUUAUAUGCUUACUGCACCAGUCAUGCUCAUUUUUCUUUUAGUGUAAGAGCUAAUUCCACCUUCUUUGUAAUGGCUUAAAUGUUUGAUGUCCUUCAUUUGCCAAAAUCCAUGCGACACUAAGUUCAUCAGCAAGGAAGAUAAUUUGACUAAAUUCAGACACCCUUCCUUCA